AUGGUCUUUGCAGUGGUCCUCUCCUCCUCUAGAAGAAUGAACAGGACUGCUCAAACUUACGACUGGGAUCAGCAAGCCCCUGUCUACUUUGUGCUGCUUGGGUCGAAUUGGACCCUCCCGUCAGGCUUGGACUCCCAACAGCGAUCCGAGCCGAAUGAGAAAAGUGGCCACCAGUCGUAUCGAAGACUCCUUUAUUGCGGAGGUUUCGGUUCCUGGAUUCUGUAG